AUGGGGCAGGACCUUGGUGGGGGUGGUGGGGACGGAGAGGGAGGUGGUGGCGACGGAGAAGGAGGUGGUGGCGACGGAGAGGGAGGCGGUGGUGACGGAGAGGGAGGUGGUGGGGACGGAGGGGGCCGAGGUGGGGGAGGACGGCGAGGAAACCACCAAGGUCUUCCCAGCUGCGCAGAAACCGAGGUCCCGAAGAGAAGGUUCAGCAGGAGCACAGCGGUGAUGGCACUAAUUUUGAAAGCCAUGAGAGGAAAUGUAUGCGUGAACGCACGGCGAUGGAGUAACAGACUUCUGCUUUUGUAUUUGGACAAUCGAUAUGGCGCGUAUUUAUAGAGCAGAGAGAGAAGUUUAGGAUCCAUGAAGACUGCCGCUCUAACCUUAGCGAUGUAGUUCGCAUUGAAGACGGAGAUUUCACUCUGAACCGACAUUGCCGGACCGGAAUAUUCCUCGCUUGAAGGUACGUGGCCGUAAGGAGACUGACGCCUUCAAUCUGGGUAAGUGGAAAAUGGCUUUCACAUUAAUAGAGAUACAGGGACGUGACUACUGGUUCCAGCUGUGAUAUCUGUUGACCAGCCAAGAGGAACAAUGCUAUGUAAGUGGAUUACAUUCAAUGGCCGCAGCUCGACGAGCUACGAUCAAAGAUAUCGUUGAUCAUCCUUGCGAUGUCGGCAAGUUCUAGUAAUUUACCCAAUUUCUUCUAUAGCAUUUUCCGUACGAAAUUCCCAAAGUAAAAUUUGGUUCCAAACUCUUUGCUCAAAUUUCCAUGUGUACGGAAGAUUCUGUACCGGUUACCUACGGUAUCCCUUGCAAUGAAGAUCUUGUCAUACUCCGCAUAUUAACGUCGAUCGACGUCAACCGUACAAAUAAUGUAGCCUUCCCGCUUGGGAGCGUCUUCUUCUCUGCAGAGAGUGUCGUUUCAAAACACCACCUUAUCUUGAGUUCCGUUGACUUUCCAGCACGCGCUUAGGGAUUCUGGAGGCCGUUCUUAAAUUUAUGUUGCAUAUAUUAAACGACUGGUCAGGCUUUGUCAUUGGUCCAGAAAAGCGAUAAAAACAACCACGACGUUACAACCGCUUUCUUCCUCACGCGCAUUUAAUUCGACAAAGUCAUCGAGGACCGCUGUCGUUGUCCGAAGCGGAGUUUGCAUGAUGUCCACUUGAUCAAUCAUGCGUAGCGUGAAAACGGCAGAGGAAAGAACUAGUGGCGGCUCUCCAACCAGCAAUCCUUAGCAUACAGGGCUGUUUAUAGUUCUCGUCAACCAUUGUGCCCCAGACACAGAAGCCUCUUUAGUGUCUCUGUUAACAUAUCAUAAAGGGCGACGAUUACAAUUGCAAAACAACAUUUUCUAAAUUUUCCAUCUAUUUUUCUGUUGCUUGUCAGACUAACACUACGGCCAUCGAGAAAUGUAAACUAAGAAGAUCAACACAACCGAAGACCAAAGUGGGCUAAAUGAUAACUAAGAGCGGCACAGCCAUCCGUAGACCGCAGUAUGGGACAGUCUUACCAUUUUUUUGUGUUACGAUUGAGAAUCUAAUUCGAAAGUACUUGUAUUAAGCAGUUAGAAUGAAACAGUACUUGUAUCAAUCAUACCAUAUUUUUUGUUUAGUGAAGCAGAGCAACUACUUAAGGGCACUUAACCCUUCCCACAUUUAUUAUGCAGUUUGUAUAACGAAAACUUAAGCUUGAGCUUCCAAUGAAAAUACACUUGCAUUUAAAAUCAUGUGAACUCUUAGUUUUGUGUACCAACAAAUUUUUAUGAUUCAACUUGAGAUUAGGUUGGUGCUCAUUGAGUUGCCCCCCUAGCCCCUUCAAUCUAGACGUGUUUCUAAUAAACACUGGGGGUGGACUUGAGCAAUGAAAUGUAGUCUACAGUAUACAACAUUGAGCUAUUAAAACCUAGGGAUGAGGUCCUUAAAGAGUUACGUAGGUCAGAUAGCCUGAACCAUUAUAAAUCCAAGUUCCAUGAGUCAUAAAUCUAAAUGUCUAAGAGCUGAAAUGAAAAAGACUAAUUCAUCUCUGCUCUUAGUUCCUCUUGCCACCAUAAAGCCAACACAACUCAUGUCAUAAAUAUUUUGCUAUUUGUUCAGAAUGUAAAAAAAUUUAUGCAUUUUAAAAGUAAUUGCAAGAGUGAAAGAGUGAAAGAGUGAAAAUAAAAAAACACUUAACUGUCCCUCUUGAAUCCUCUUUCAGCCUUAUUAAAAAAGACAUACAACUCAUAUCCUUAAUGCUUUGCUACUUUUUUUCAAAACUCAAGUUUUUCUUAGAAGUUAUAAACAAAUAUCCAACUCUAGGAGCUGAAACAAAAAUGGUCAAUUAACCCUCUCUUGGUUCUUCUUCCACCCUCCUUAACCCUAAACCAACAUAUAACUUGUAUCCGUCAUCUUAUUCCAUCUUGUUCAAAAGUCAAUCUUUUUGAUGAAUUCUAAACGUAGAAAAACGUAUCCACUUGACAUACCAAUGGCUCAACUUAUAAUGUCUGCUAAUUUUUUUUGGGAGCUUCAAACAUCAGAGUAUAAUAUGAGCUUCUUUACCCCCACCAAAUGAAACUUUCGAUACUUAAAAUAAUGCAAAAAUAGCAUCAACUUGGGUUCAUUUGUAAAAUAUCUUUGUUUGGGUCCAUUUAGCCUAUUAGGAAAAAAGUCACUAGAUACCUUCCUUGACGGAACUAUGAUAAAUCCUAAACCUAAGGUGACGUGGCCUUAAGUAGGUAUUAAUCAAAACAUUUAUAAACCUAACUUAUAAUUGCUUUUGAGUAAAUGUGGAAAGUUAAGGUCGUAACCUCUAGGAUUGGGCCUUCACAGAGGAUCACAAAUUGAUCUAUGGUGAUGAAUCUAGAGAAGACUUUCUAGAUCUAGAGAAAUCUCGAGAGCUAGGAGUAGAAAAUUAGAGAAAAGUGCACUGAUUAGUUAUAUGAACUAAUUAGAACUGAAAUCUACGCUAUAUUCUAAUUUCUAUGCCUACCUAAUGCUGGAAUCAAGAGGAGGUUAUACUGCAUGAAGAUUGAACACUCACCUUAGGGUCUACGUCACCAACCCUAGGCUCUAAUCACCUACAAAUGAAUGUGCCUCUUCUUCCAUGCUAACAUCAGACUUGCUCUGCACAUUCCUCUCUCGACUACUCACAAUGUGAUGAAGAAAUGCUUCACUCAUUCAAAGGAAAGGGGAGAGGGAUCCCUGAGGGUUUUGUCAUGCAGCCAGCCCUGGUCUAGGACCUCGAAGAAUGUCAAAAUGGGGCAAGAGAGUUACACUAAAUGGCCAUGGCAUUUUUUGCUUUUUAUCCUUCUCAAAUCCAGUGUCAUCCACCUAUUUUCUCCACUAAUUAUGUACAUUUUUCCAAGCACUCUUAUCAUAUUAGAACUUUGUAGCCUAAAUCCAAGAUACAAGUCACCAUAAAAAUCAGAAGGCUACUGAUCAAGCUUGAAAUUUCAGCUAUCAAAUCAGAAUAUUUCUCUUUGAGAUUUUUUUUGCAAAUAUAUUUUUAUGGAGGGCAGCUUGAAUGUUUUCGAGGUAGUUCUCAUUACUCCCCUUGUAUCUAAUAAGUAGUGUAGUAACAAGCAAGCCUCAUGAUAUUUGGAACAUCUCAAGAAAAUAUAUUCAAAAGAAUAUGAGAUGUGCUGUAAUAGUUUGAUCCUGAUGAGACAAUCACAUAAAUUUAUCAAUGCACAUUUGUUCCUAACGACAUAACACAAGAAAUUCAAAAUGAAGCACAAAAAAUAUUUAGGUUUACUCCCCCUAAGAAGAUGCAUAAUUUAUCUUGUGUUUGCUGAUUUUUCUGACAGAUUUUUCAAUAUUUCAAGAAGUUCUCAAGCCAAAUCUCUGUCACCAAGAUAUUUCUGGUUUCUAAUUGAUCCUCAAAUAAUCUAUAAUCUCAUAUGUCAUUUGAAAUGUAUCUCACUGAAUCUAUUUAAAAUUUGAACAUCAGUAUCAAUUGAUUCAUUAUCGUAGGAAACUAUUCUUCAAAUAUCAAUUGAUGUAGAGCAUUCAGCAACUAUGAAUUCUCAUUUUUUGAAAUCACGUUUAUUUCUGCUCCCUCUUUUUUUUGGUAAUUUGUGCUCUCCCUUAUAAUGUAAAAUAAUUAAAGAAAGAGAUAUUAAACUUUAAGAGUGAUAUAUGUAUAGUUCUGUAAUCUGAAGUUGUAAAGAUAUUUUGACAAAAGUGCAUAAUAAUGAGGCGUUUAACCUGACCAUGAUAUGAUCUAGAUAAGAUUGAAAGUAUAGGUUUGAUUGAAAGUAUGUAGGAGAGAUUUGAUUUCAUCUGUGUAGGAUGAUGAAAGACUCUAAACUGCAAAAGUGAUGUGAUCGAAAUUCUAUUCAGUAUAUAUGAUUUUUGAUUUAUGAGAGUAAAAAAUAUUGGGACCGGUAAUAAAAGAAAAACUGAAUCGAGUCAUUUAUAAGAAUAGGAUUUAAAAUCUUUGCAUUAAUUUUACUUCUAAAAUAAAUUAGAUAAUUAGUAAGAGAAAUUUUUCGAAAUAAAGUACUACUGAUAUCAGGGGGCAAUGACAAAGCCUGAACACGCCAGAAAUUUCGCCUAGCUCUCCUCUUCCGCCCUCCGCUCCCCCCGCCCCCCUCCCUCCCCCGGGAGCCCGGAUUUAGGCGGCGCCACCAUACCGCUCGCGCCUUUACCGUCCGCGUGGAAACUGGCACACACACCUGCUGUGCAUUUUAUUCUCAGAAAUGACGAGAACACCGCGUGGAAGCCCGGUGGCACAGGCUUUCCGCAGAAGCUGAGAAGCCGGGCACCGUACCCGGGGAUCCUGACUCUAAGCCCGAGGAGCCUCAAUGUAGCAUGGUUACUGUUAGAGCAAUAUGUCCAAGAUUCCUCAAUGUAGCCCUUAGGAACCUCGGGAAACGUGCCAAAACGGUUUCCGGUGUCCCCCCUGAGAACGGGAGCACACAUACCCAAUCUCAAGGGGAAAACAGGGCAGGAGCUUGGUGGAGGUGGUGGUGACGGAGAGGGAGGUGGUGACGACGCAGAGGGAGGUCGUGGCGACGGAGAAGGAGGUGGUGGUCACGGAGAGGGAGGUGGCGGCGAUGGAGAAGGUCGUAGCGACGCAGAGGGAGGUAGUGGCGACGCAGAGGGAGGUGGUGGCGAAGGAGAAGGGGUUGGAGGCGACAGAGAAGGAGGUGGUGGCGACGGAGAAGGAGGUGGGGGCGACGACGAAGAGGUGGGGGCGAAGGAGAGGGAGGUGGAGGCGACGGCGAAGGAGAGGGAGGUGGAGGCGACGGCGAAGGAGAGGGAGGUGGAGGUAACGGAGAAGAAGGUGGGGGUGAAGGAGAGGGUGGUGGAGGCGACGGAGAAGGAGGUGAUGGUGAAGGAGAGGGAGGUGGAGACGACGGAGAAGGAGGUGGGGGCGAAGGAGAGGGAGGUGGUGGCGGCGGAGAGAGUGGAGGUGGAGAAGGACGCCCAGGCAUCUGGGGUCUUCCUUGGGCAGAAACCAAGGUCAACAAGAGAAGGUUCAGGAAUACGACUACCGUGACGGCGCUAGCUUUGGUAGCCAUGACGACGUAUAGGCCGUGUGUCUAUGAACCUCCCGAGAGAAAUGUGUGCGAAUUUACACCAGCGGAAUACUAGAGAGAGUCUGUGUUUCUCAGGUUCGAUUUGGGUACUACGUAUUUAUAGGCAACAGAGAGAAGAGUCGCAUUCAUGCAUACUGCAUCUCUAAUCCAAGAUGUAUAGUUCCCGAUGCAGACCUAGAUGUUACAAUGAACCGACCUCAGCGGACAGGAAUGUUCUCUGCGUGAACGUACGUUGCUCCAAGGAGACUGGGUCCUUGGCUCUCAGUGGGUCGGAGGUGGCUUUCACAUUUAUAGCAUACUGGGGAUGUGACUCAGAGUUCCAGCGAGAGCAGUUGACCAACCAACUGGAGCCAUCCAAAUACGUAGACCGUACAGAAUGGUCGCAGUUAGUGAAACAAGCUACGAGUCUUGAUGUUGAUUAAACUGGUGACUACCGUAAGUUCCGAUCAGCUAUUUAAUUUCUCCAAUCCUCUAUGUUUACGAGUCUUCAUGUUUCAAUUUCGAUCGCUAAAUCUUUUCCCAACUUUGUAG